AAACACAUUGUCGUUUUUUCUAAACUUGGGACCACCUUCUCAUGUAGUCGAGAUACAACUCUUCAUAAAAAAACCUGUAGAAAAAGAUACAACUACUAAAACUUUCACUGUUGGAAAAACCAACAAAAGCUUUUCCAAACGAACGUCAAACCCUUCGAGCUUCAGCUCCUCCACCACCUCACUGAUCGUACGGACAAUCUCAGCUGAGUCCAUGGAGAUGGAGUCCCGAGAUGGUGGUUCUGUAUUUGCCCACAUUCCUAAGGUUCCUGAAGUACCACUUUAUGCGUUGCAGGUUGCUUAUGGCAAAGAUCCGAGUCCCCUGAAGCUGAAUUUGGGCUUUGGUGUUUAUAGAACAGAGGAUGGGAAGCCUUUUCUUUUGAAUGUGGUUAGAACAGUGGAGCGCUUGCUAGUUAAUGACAUGUCCAAUUUUAAGGAGUAUCUUCCUAUUACCGGAAUCGCAGAAUUCAACAGAUGGAGUGCUAGACUCAUUUUGGGUGCUGACAGCCCUGCAAUUAAGGAGAAUAGAGUGACCACUGUCCAAUGCUUGUCUGGUUCUGGCUCAUUGAGGGUCGGAGCUGAGUUUUUAGCGAAACAUUAUCCCCAACAACAUACAGUGUACAUGUCCCAGCCAACAUAUGGAAACCACCCAAAUUUGUUCUCUGCGGCAGGGCUAGCAAUAAAAACUUAUCGUUACUAUGACCCCGGAACAUGUGGACUGGACUUUCAAGGCAUGUUGGAAGAUCUCCAAUCAGCCCCAUCCGGAGCUAUCGUGCUUCUCCAAGCAUGUGCUCAUAACCCUACUGGUGUUGAUCCAACUAUUCCACAGUGGGAGCAGAUAAGACAAUUGAUGAGAUCAAAAGGGUUGUUACCUUUCUUUGAUUCUGCUUAUCAGGGUUUUGUCAGUGGAAAUCUGGAUGAGGAUGCCAAAUCUAUUCGUCUGUUUGUUGCUGAUGGGGGCGAAUGCCUUAUAGCCCAAUCAUAUUCGAAGAUUAUGGGACUUUAUGGGGAACGUGUUGGUGCACUCAGUAUUGUUUGCAAGACAGCAGAAGUGGCUAGCCAUGUUGAAAGCCAGCUGAAACUUGUGAUCAGGCCCAUGUAUUCUAACCCUCCCAUUCAUGGGGCAGCCAUCGCGGCUGCCAUCCUAAAGGACAGGGAUUUUUACAAUGAAUGGAGUAUUGAAGUGAAGGCAAUGAAUGACCGCCUUAUUAGCAUGCGCCGACGCCUAUUCAAUGCACUGUGUGAUAAAGGUACUCCUGGUGACUGGAGUCACAUAACCAAACAUGUGGGGAUGUUUACUUUAUCUGGAUUGAACCCUGAACAAGUUGCAUUCAUGACAAAAGAGUACCAUAUCUACAUGCCAUCUGAUGGGAGGAUUAACAUGGCGGGUCUUGGUCCUAAGACAGUUCCUCAUCUUGUAGAUGCAAUGCAUGCAGCUGUUACCACUCUUUGUCUGAAUUAGUUACACACCAUUCUUGCUUCCGUGUACACCUCAAUCUAAUCUCAUGAUGUAUACAUUUGACAUUUUAAAUUUUAAUAAUCCAAUGCCUUGGAUUACUUA